GGCCUUCCUGCCCAGCGGCCAGCCGGAGCCUUGCCAGCUUAAGUAUGGCAGAUUUUUCAGACUCAGAAGGAAGUGUAAAUUGGAAAGAAAGAUGUGUAACUUUGGAGUCACAGCUGAUGAAGUUUCGUCUCCAGGCAAGCAAGAUCAGAGAGCUGUUAGCCGAGAAGAUGCAGCAACUUGAGAGACAAGUUAUUGAUGCAGAUCGUCAAGCAGAGAGGGCUUUUCAGCAGGUGCAGAUUAUGGAAGAAAAAUUGAAAGCAGCUAAUGUUCAGACCAGCGAAUUGGAGACCAGAUUGUAUAAGAGGUGUCAAGAUCUGGAGACUCUGCUACAGGAGAAAGAUGACAUUAUACAAAACUUGGAGCAACAACUUGAAGAACAGAAGCAAAUCAGAAUACAAGAGGCAAAAAUCAUAGAAGAAAAAGCCGCUAAAAUAAAAGAAUGGGUGACAGUCAAGCUCCAUGAGUUAGAGGUAGAAAAUCAGAAUCUUCGCUCAAUCAAUCAAAACCAAAAUGAAGAGAUGAGAACAAUGCAGUCUAAACUGCAAGAAAGUAAGGGGAAGAAGUGUGUCCCUUCAACACACAAACCUGGGGAAGGCCAGCGACUAAGUAGUUUGACUUUUGGAUGCUUUAUGAACAGAGCAAGAAGUUCACAGCAAGCUAUUAAAUUUGAUGAAAUAAGCAAAUCUUCAUCUAAAGAAUCAGAAUUAAGUGACGAGAAAAACUUCCAGCAACCAUCCCUGGCUGCUCUUCCACAUGAGAGCAAUAAAGGUCAGAGAUCAUUGCAUCAAAGCACCUGUGGAUCAGAACAAAAUAAAAAUUCAAGAACAAAUUACCCAUCAAAAGAUACAGAUAGUAGUAUACCAAAGAACACAUGCAUGCUAGGAAGUGACUGGAGCUCCGAUGAAGAUGAAGGACAUGAUAAAAGACCAAAAUCCACAUGUGCUUCUACCCUUUCAAGUCAGACAUCUGAAGAAAGUGCAAGAUACAGCAGAAUUGGGAGUGAAAUGUAUUUGACAGCAUCUGACGAUAGUAGUUCUCUAUGUGAAGAGGACAGCUUUGCAGUUCAGAAAUCUGAGCACAAUCAGCUGUACUCCCGGCAGCAUGGAUGUCAGUGGAAAAGUCAGAACAAUCCAUUUGGAAAGAGCAAUUCUGAGUGUUUAGGUAGAAAAGAACAAGAUAGAUCUUCAGAUGAACUGAAUAAGAAAUUUCAGUCUCAGCGAUUAGAUUGUUCAUCCUCAUCUAGUAAAGCAAAUAACCCAAGUUCAAUUUUAAUCUCUGCUCUAGCACUUAAGUAUCCAGUCCUGACACCUACAGCAGAUUCUCGGUGUGUGACACAAUCAAAUUCGUCAUCAAAUUUGCCACCUCCAAAGUUACGGACUCCCAAUGUUUUUAGUAUAAGUGUAGCAUUGGCAAAAAAGCACUUAAGUCAACCCCAGCUCAGUUCUGACAGAAUGUUUGAUAGAAAUAGAAAUGCUAUAAGCAUGAUACGACCCUUGAGACCUCAGGAAACAGAUAUUGACUUGGUGGAUGCAGAAAAUACUGACAUUGUAGAGAAAAUGGAGAUUGAUUUUGAUGGUACAUUUACCUAUGACUCUUUUGAGGCACAGGGUGAAGAAGAUCAGGAGUCCAGUGAUAUAACAAGGAAGGCAAUUAGCAACAAGCCCCCUACCCCUCCUCUGCAUCGAUUCCCCUCCUGGGAAAGCAGAAUUUAUGCUGUAGCCAAGUCAGGUUUACGAAUGUCUGAAGCUUUCAACAUGGACUCUUUUAACAAAAGUACUGCUGCUAUAGCUUCGUGUACCAUAUCUGGACUAUACACUUCUUUGAUAUACAAGAACAUGACCACUCCAGUCUACACUAUUUUGAAAGGGAAAGCAACUCAAAUAAGCAACAGCCCAUUCUUAGAUGACUCUUCAGGAUCAGAGGAAGAAGACAGCUCCCAGUGCAGCUCACAGACCUCAGAAUCAGACUCUCGAAGUAGAAGUGGCCCAGGUAGCCCUAGGGCCAUGAAACGAGGUGUGUCUUUGUCUUCUAUGGCCUCAGAAAGCGACUAUGCUAUUCCUCCUGAUGCCUACUCAACAGAUACAGAAUAUUCAGAGCCAGAGCAGAAACUCCCUAAAACCUGUUCCUCAUCUAGUGAUAAUGGAAAAAAUGAGCCUUUGGAAAAAUCUGGAUAUUUGUUAAAAAUGAGUGGUAAAGUAAAAGCUUGGAAGCGACGAUGGUUUGUGCUCAAAGGCGGUGAGUUAUUGUACUACAAAUCUCCGAGUGAUGUAAUUCGAAAGCCACAUGGUCAAAUUGAGUUGAGCGUAUCCAGCCACAUUGUAAGAGGGGAUGGAAAACAAACAGUUCAGUUGAUCACAGAAAAACGAACUUACUACCUGACGGCAGAUUCUCCCAACAUCUUAGAAGAAUGGAUCAAAGUACUGCAGAAUGUCCUUAAAAUACAGGCUGCUAGUCCACUUUUCAUACAGCCUGAUGUGAAACCAGCCAUGAAAGGUUUGCUGACCAAGGUGAAACAUGGAUACUCCAAAAGAGUGUGGUGUACUCUGGUUGGAAAAACUCUUUACUAUUUCCGUAGUCAAGAAGAUAAGUUUCCUCUUGGUCAAAUCAUGCUUUGGGAAGCUAAAGUUGAAGAAGUUGACAGGUCAUGUGAUUCAGAUGAAGAUUACGAGGCCAGUGGUCGCAGUCUAUUAUCAACACAUUAUACCAUUGUUAUCCAUCCUAAAGAGCAAGGACCUACCUAUCUUCUUAUAGGAUCCAAACAUGAGAAGGACACUUGGCUUUAUCACCUGACUGUGGCUGCUGGGAGCACCAAUGUAAAUGUUGGAUCCGAAUUUGAACAGCUUGUUUGCAAACUGCUAAAUGUGGAAGGAGAGCAUACCUCUCAAAUUUGGAGACAUCCUACUCUUUGUCACAGCAAAGAAGGAAUUGCUUCACCUCUUACAACACUGCCAUCAGAGGCCCUGCAAACUGAAGCAAUUAAAUUAUUUAAGACCUGCCAGUUGUUUAUUAAUGCUGCAGUUGACUCUCCUGCCAUUGAUUACCAUGUAUCUUUGGCCCAAAGUGCUUUGCAAAUCUGCCUCACUCAUCCUGAGCUUCAAAAUGAGAUCUGUUGCCAGCUCAUUAAACAAACAAGAAGACGACAUCCACAGAACCAAGCUGGACCAAUACAGGGUUUGCAGCUGUUAGCUCUCUGUGUUGGACUAUUCCUUCCUCAGCAACCAUUCCUUUGGCUCCUCAAACUUCACUUAAAAAAGAAUGCCGAUUCCAGAACUGAAUUUGGGAAAUAUGCAAUUUACUGUCAGCGAUGUGUUGAGAGAACCCAGCAGAAUGGAGAUCGAGAAGCAAGGCCAUCUAGGAUGGAAAUCCUUUCAACUCUUCUAAGAAACCCCUAUCACCACUCAUUGCCCUUCAGUAUUCCAGUUCAUUUCAUGAAUGGUAUAUAUCAGGUUGUUGGGUUUGAUGCCUCCACCACGGUGGAAGAAUUUCUGAACACCCUUAAUCAGGACACAGGAAUGAGAAAACCAGUCCAGUCAGGAUUUGCAUUAUUUACUGACGAUCCUUCUGGCAAGGAUAUAGAACACUGUCUUCAUGGGAACAUCAAGAUCUGUGACAUUAUUUCUAAAUGGGAGCAGGCCUCCAAAGAACAGCAUCCUGGGAAAUGUGAAGGCACAAGAACUGUGCGCCUUACAUAUAAAAACAGGCUUUAUUUCGCAAUCCAAGCCCGGGGAGAGACAGACAGGGAAAAGCUGUUGUUAAUGUAUCAGACAAAUGACCAAAUAGUAAAUGGACUUUUUCCUGUAAACAAAGAACUGGCACUGGAAAUGGCAGCUCUUUUAGCUCAGGUUGAAAUUGGGGACUUUGAAAGACCUUUCUCAACUCCAGCAGGGCAAGUUACUUCUCCCUCCAAGUCCAAUCAAACAUUGAAACAAGUUGUGGAGAAAUUCUACCCAAAGAGAUAUAGGCAUGGCUGUUCAGAAGAACAAUUAAGACAGCUUCGUCAGCGAUUAUCAACUAGAUGGAUGGCUCUUCGGGGGCAAAGUGCUGCUGAUUGUGUGCGCAUUUAUCUCACGGUAGCCAGAAAAUGGUCAUUCUUUGGUGCUAAAAUGUUUGCGGCAAAACCUCUAACAACAUCCACAUUUGAGAAUUCCUUCAUAUGGCUUGUUGUCCAUGAAGAUGGAGUAAGCAUUCUAGAAUACAGCUUUCUGCGAUUAAUAGUUACAUAUGUACACAAAAGUUUGAUGACAUUUGGAGGCUACCAAGAUGACUUUAUGCUGAUAGUUAACAAUGCUCAGUCAAAAGACAAGUCAAAUGAAAAACUCCUUUUUGCCAUGGCAAAACCAAAGAUUCUUGAGAUCACUCUACUGAUUGCCAGCUAUGUUAACCACUUCCAUCAGCAAAAGGGGGCUGUUAAUCAUCUCUCUACUUCAACACUGUUCUCACCUCAAACAGGACAGAAAACCAAAGAAAUGGGGAGUCAGCUGCUUCUUUCAAACAGCAGACCAACCAAAGGUCCUACUUUGUUAUGAAAGGAUCAGAUACCUCUGAAAAUGUAUACUAAUGCCUUAUGGUAUGCUUCCUGCAUUGACGGGACAUCUUUGGAUGUGCCAUAUAUACAGCAUAUAUUAGUCUGUAACACAGGCCAAGAAAGCUGGUCUGGUUUCCAUUCAUUUUAGUUAGAGGCCCCUGUUAAGCUUUAUUGUAGAUGGGAUGAUUAUCCUGUCUGAUGAUGCUAACUCCAAUUUUGGACAUGAGUAUUCAAAAAUACUUCUGAAGAAGGUUCUUUUGUGGAUGGGGAAUUGGUCUCUUAAUUUAUUUCAAUGUCAGGUAUUUUGAAGACAUUUUCUCAUGAAGGACAAUAUUUUCACCUUUCUACUCUUACAAGUUGUAUAACCUUGAUUAUAAAAAAGCAUGUUUGUUUAAAUGGGAAAACAAAUACAUGUACUUUCCAUUCCCUCGCACUUUCUUGUCUGUAAUACAUGCAACCCAGGAAACAGUCAAAAGGGGACAUUUUUAUGAAAGCUCUAUUUUGAAGUAUUGGUUGCACAUCAUUGAUUGUAUACUUUAUUAUAAAUGUCCUUCCUUAUACAACAGUUUACUUGUCUAAUCCACAGCAGUGGUCUGGUAGUAUCUACACAAUUCUUCUUUUUGAAUUUCUAAAGCUAAAUUUGGCAUAUGUUGUGGAUUACGUAUUUUAAAAAAUUAUAGUCAGAAUUCUUAAAAAAUCAGUUUUCUUCCAUAGUUUUGUCUCAUCUUUAAAUAACAUAGGCCAAAAAUUAGUAAGUUAGAAUUCAAACCACAAAAGCAAUAUAAAGAGCACUUACAUGAAUAGGUACGUGUAAACGUGGAGGCACAGAUUUCAUAAAAUAUGUGACAUGUACAUUGUACAUACCAGUAGAAUAGCAUAUUUUAUAAAUAUAUGCCUAAUACAAGAAAGUGUUCUACUUGUUUUUGUUUUAACAUUUUUCAAAUUUUAUCCAUGCAUUUCACACCUUAAUAUUAGUAUGAGGGCCUCUUGCCCACUAGAAAAAUCAUUUAAUAGAUUAAAUUCAAUUAUAAAUCAUUGAUCUUGUAGCUAUUUCUUAAUUUCUGUGGCAACUAAUACUAGCUAUCAAGUACAUUUGUCACUUAAAACUGUAUUUUGUCCCUUGUGGUUUAUUCUAGAACCUGGAGUAAUGUUAUAAUACUGAAUUUUUAACAUCAGUGAAUGGAAUUAAUAAUCUCUAUUUAUGGUAUCACUUAAAAAAAGUUUGGUAUCCAUCUCAUGAGGCUUACCCCUUACGUGAGGCAAACGGUGUAUAUACCUGAAAGACUCGGGCCAGGUUACAAAUAACACAGUUUGCAGGAAAGAACACAUUACACAGAACACAUUUAAAAACUGGAGAAAGAGAUUGAAAGCUGAAUUAAUAGCAAGGAUGCUACAGAGGACUCAAUGAGGCAUCUAAUUCUUCUGAAAGCCUGAAAUCAUGCCAAAUCCACUGGUCUCCAUGACUUCUAUACUAUUUUGUUAAUGAUACUGAAGGUUAAAGUUCUGUUCUGGAAAGUAUAAACUGAGAACAACUGAAGUCAUUACACUGGCAAAGCCCUCAUUUACAUGAAGUUAAAGUGCAGCAUCAAACCCUAGAACUCAAUCCUGCAAUGAAACACAUGCUUAAUUAUAUGAAUGUGAAUAGUCUCAUUGACAUCAAUGAGCCACACAUAUCCAUAAGUGUUUUUAGAAUCAGUACCUUAGUAAUUAAUGUCAAGGAAUUUCUCUCAUCUUGUUAGCGGUAUUAUUCAAGAGAAAUGUUUUAUUUUGAAGAAAGAUAGAACCAACUACAGAAAUCCAGAGCUCUAUUUUACCCACAAAACAGGGCUUCUUGUGUGCAAACCACUUCAACCUUCUGUCUCAAAUCAUUCUUUCUACUGCCUGCUCGCCAGUCCUUUAUAACACAUCAGGCACAAUUACUUUAUCCCAUGAGUGGACACAAAGUAUUAUUCACUAGCAUCUCUGCUGGAAUGCAUUAAGUUUUCUGUUGUGGGUUCCUAGCAUUUGCCAAGUUCUGGAAGCAUAUAACAAUGUAGGUAUCACAGUGGUAUUGAAUAACUUUAUCUUGAUUCUUGUAUUAGUCUCCUUAUUUUUCCAAAUAUUUGUCAGUCUCAGAAAGGGUCCACUUGUCUUUCCAGUUCUUCUGCCACCUCCUUAUAGAUGUGGCCAUUGGAACAUUGCUUCCAAGAUACGCAAACUCAUUAACCAUGCCAUAUUUUUCACUGUUAAUGACCUAUGCACUAUCACUGCCAACUUGUCUUCCGAUGACUUUCAUUUUCUUUUGGCCUAUUUUUAAUCCUACUUUAGUGGCCUCACAUUUGCUAUUGAUAGUGGUCUUUCACAUAGUAUCAUCUUCUGUGUCCAGUGAAGCAAUGUCUUCAGAAAAAUUGAGCUCUUGAAAUUUUCCUCUACUCCAUAUAAUUCUUGUAUCUUCUCUUGCUGUUGCUUUUCAUAUCACAUAAUCUAUCACAGUGCAGAAGAGGAGAGAUGAUAAGAUGCAUCCUUGUUGCACUUCAGUGACAAUAUCAAACCUGCUGGUCUCUCCACUGUCUAUCCAUACGCAAAACUUUGAACCUUCAUACAGAAUCUUGGUAUGUCUUAGUACAUCUGAAGAACAGUGUUAUAAUAUUUCUCCUCUUCUGUAAUUUGAAAGAAGACUCUUAAAAUCUAUAUUGUUUAAUAUUUGACUCCCCUUGCAAGCAGUAUUUUACCUAUUUAUCAUUGUACGAUGGUAGCUGCUACCACAGUUUCCCUCUGUUUGCUUAGGGAGGUUCAACAUUCCAGCCAAACUUCAAAAAUUACUUUUUCUUUCAGGGUGUGACUGUUCUCAGGGUAGAAGACUGAAAGUCACCUUGUGAGCUCCACUUCUAGCUAGAGGGAGUUUUGUCUGUGGUAACAGGAUGUUAGCUACAUAACACAACCAGCAUCUCAACCACUCAAGUAUUCUCCUCUGGGCAAUGCCAGUUCUGUCUUUGCCUUAUGGUCUGAAGGUUGAAGUGCCCCCCACAGCCUUCUUGAACCAUUCACUUAUGAUAACCAGUCCCUGGCCCUGGCUACUCACAGAAAUCCCAGAUCUUUUGAUCUGAAUGGAACCACAGUUUACCUUAAAUUGCUGCUCUGGUAUAACACACAACACUUGUAAUGAAACAAACAAAAGUUUAUUUAAGAAAGCAUAGAGAUUCUGUUAGUUGAUGGCUUUCCACUGACUGUUCUGGAACGGAGCAAUAGUAGACAACUGAGCCUUGUAUUAGUUCAUCAGCUAUACAGGGAAGGGUGGCUGCUCCAUCCUGCAUUUGCAGGCCAUCACCUGCCUGCUAAUUACUCCCUGGUGACUCCUUGCAACCAUCAGACCAUAAGGGCAUAAACUUAAAUAGAGUUACAUUAUUUCUUCAGUCUGAUCUGUACACACAUCAUGCCAUGAUUAUGAACAUUGAUGAGUUGCAAGCUUUCAGCAGAGAUCGUAUCUGUUGCCCUUUACAGACAAAUAUACUAUAAGCAAUGUAUUUGGUAUGGUCAGUUUGUGAAGUCUGAAACGAGAGAUGUUUAUAAACACAAGGGACCUUUUGCAAAGUGGCCUCUAUGUUAACAAGAAUCCAACAAAGCAAACAAAUUCAGAAUGUUCACUCCCUCAGUGCAGAAGCAUACUAGCUGCUCCUGUACCACUGAGUUUCUUCCACAGCUCUAACGUGGAGCUGCAAGCAGCAUGAAUGGCCAGUGACCUACCUACCUGGGGAGUCUAAUCCCUGGCUUUGUACUCAAGACUCCACCCUUCCUCUUCUGACCACCUCCCCUUCUAUCCCUCCUCCUCCUGCAGGAUCCCAGAACACCCCCCUGUGACCUGCUUGGCUCUAGAACCAGAAGGCUGAGAGCUAGAGGAACAAGAUCCUAGCCCCAGUGCUCCAGAGCCUCUGUACGGCAUGGCUGCCAUGCCCCCAACCCCGAGGCUUUAGGUGGCCUCAGUCCUGGUACUCAGGCAGCCAGCCCCAGAGCACCAGUCAGGUAGAACCACCAGCCACGUUUGACAUCCUGGGCUUCCUCCCGGGAAGCAUGCUGGCCUGGGAGCAGAGCCACAGCCUUCCCCUUCCUUCCAUGCCUGCUGCCAUGGCAAGCAGCUCCUGGACUCUCCAGACUUACUUGCCUAAGCAUGCCUUCAGGGUACUUUUCUCCAGCCCUGUGGCUAUUGUAGGCCUCUUCCCACGCUCUUCUAAAUCUCCCCUUGCCUGUUUUGUCUGGAGAGACCCACCAGAAAGUUGUUCCUUUCAGGUAAAGAAUACCUGCAGCACAUAUUCUCUCUUCCUUGUUCCCUCUGACAUCCCUGGAAGUGCCAGAAUGGCUUGGGUCUGGGCUGAACAGACCCUUUUGAUGCUAUCUCCAAAGUUUGUAUUUAUAAUUUUGAUGAAUUAGAGAAUAGCCAAAACAGAGGGCCACGAAACUGACAUUUGAUCUGUCAUGGACUUUCUAUGUAGCUUUAAGACAAACCAAAAUUUUCGGAAGUGUGUGUUUUGGCUUUCUUGAAACAAUUAUUGUUCACCACUUCAGAAAAUUGAUCCACUCAUUUAAAUGCCUAAAUAUGGAUUUAGGUGCUUAACUCUAGGCACUCAAAUUUGAAAUGUUUUGCUUUAACUUAUGUUCCUCUUCUGCUCCAUCUGUAAAGUGGGAAUAAUAUUAAUAUAUACCUACCUCACAGACCUAUCAUGAAGAUUAAGCACUUGUAUGGGACUUGAAAAUAGAGCGCUCUAUGGAAUGGUUAAGUAUUAUUAUUUUCCUUUAUAAUUUUUAUUCUUUUUAAUUUGGUAAUCACUGAGUUUGAAAUUUUUUUUAGAAUGGAAGUAAAAUGAAUGUCUAUUUUUGUUGAACCUUCUUCAGUUUUUCAUGCCAAAAGCUAUUUUUGUGCACUAGCAUCAGUAAACAGUCCCUGCUUGUUUCUGGGGAUAAUGAGAGUUAAUUACUGCUGGAGUUCUGCAGGCAAAGAUAGCCCUGAGCUUUGAGUAUAGUCUCCAGCACAUAAGAAUAUCCAUAAGGGAUGAGACCAAAGGUCCAUGUAACCCAGUAUCCUGUCUUCCAUGAGUGGCCAGUGUCAGGUGUCCCAGAG